CGGGGCGUAAACAAAUUUGUGUAUUGAUAUUUAAUAAACCAAGCCGGGCCAAUAUGGAUUUUGAUAGUCCGGAGGAGAAAGAGUUUCCAGGCCUGUAUGCGUCUGAAGCUACCGAUGCCAAGUCCAGGAAGAGCAAGGAGGAAAGCGACUUUAGUGAAGGCGAGGAGAAACACAGCAAAAAGGAUCUUAUUGGCCGGCGUAAAGAUAAAAAAGAUAAGAGCAAGGAUCGGGGCUAUGCAGCGCUAGAAGGUGAAAGCUCUCCUGAAGAACUAGAACCUGAUAGCAACCCGUCGAAGUCGAAGAAGUCAAAGGCAUUCAAGUUUGUCAGCUCAAAGAGUAAGGAGAAGCGUGAAAAAGACAAGUCAAAGGAAAAGGAUAAGGAGCACAAGGUAGCUGAGGAGGAGCCCGAGAAAGAGCGACACCAUGACGAAAAAGAACAUAAAAAGAAAGACAAGGAACGCAAAGAGAAGGAUAAAAAGGACAAAGAUAAGAAAGAUAAAAAGGAUAAGAAGAGCAAACAAGCUCAACAAGAUAGCGUAAACCCUGUUGAUGAAAUCCUAGCCUUAGGCUAUCCAAUCUUUGGCGUAUCCAUUAGCUUGGCUACAGAACGCUCGCGCUGCCAUGAUGGCAUUGAUCUGCCAUUGGUAGUGCGCGACUGUAUUGAUUAUCUGCAACAGGAACAGUCGCUGAAGUGCGAACAAAUUUACAAAGUGGAACCCAUAAAAACACGCCUAAUGCACUAUAAGCGCCUGUACAACAAUCGCGAGUAUGACGCAACUAUAGACGAGCUCAACAUCCCCACAGCCUGCAGUUUGCUAAAGCUAUUUCUACGGGAGCUGCCCGAACCAAUGUUGACCACAGAUUUGAUGGCAUGUUUCGAGGAGGUAGCCUCUCAUCCUAAGGUGACAGAGCAACAGCAGGAACUGCAACAGUUAGUGGAGCAGUUGCCCAAAUGUAAUCGAACUCUAUUGGGCUGGGUGUUGCUACAUUUUGAUUCGGUCAUACAGCAAGAACGUUACAACAAACUAAACGCACAAUCGCUGGCAAUGCUGCUCAGUCCAACACUGCAAAUGUCGCAUCGACUGAUGGUUGCGCUAUUGUGCCACUGCGCGAAUCUCUUUCCGGACGUUAAGCUGAUAAAAUAUGUGCCGCCCCUGACUAGCACCAGUCCGCGACUACCAGAGCAACCGGAGGACAUACAAAAUGAGCUGCGUAAACAGGACAGUUUGUUAUCCCAAAUACACAGUGAAAUGAAUGCAGGCUUUAUUACCAAGAAGCGCGAGGAGCAAUUGUGGGAGGUGCAGCGCAUUAUCACGCAGUUGAAACGCAAAUUGCGCAGCUUUGAGAAAAAACAAGAAAAGUCCGUUGAUGAACUAGAAAGCAAUAGCUCAUUGACAGCACCACCAGCCCAAACAAAUUUACCAGCAGGUACAGGUGCAGAUAUUAUUGCAGAAGAUACCACCGACUCGGCACCUGUUGUUGCCCCAGAAGAGCCGAAUGUCGCAAAAUCGCCAGCUCCAGCGCCAUCCUCCCCAGAAUUCACAAUUGAUAAGCAAACUGGCUUUGUGGUGCUGCCGAAAUCGAAUCCAAAUCGAGACGAGUUGCUACGUCUGCAACUCGAAUUUGAUGAGCUCAACAAUUGGCAAACUGAGCUAAAGACGCGAAUUCUAGCCGAACGCAAUGAAGUCUUUCGCUUGAAACAAUUGUAUGAGCAACAAAUGCUAAAGCCGCAAGCAGAGGCGUCCCAUAGCGACCAGACUCCAAACGAGGGAGAUUACGAACGUAUUAUAGAGCAUUAUGCGCGAGAAAAUGAGCUCUUAGAGCAUAAGAAGCUUAUGCUUGCCAUGGACCUCAAAGAGGAACGGCGCGCAUGUAUUGCAUUGCAGGUGGAGCUGCGUAUGCAUCAAUUUAAAUAAUGGUAUUUUUACUUAUUGUCUGUCAAACGAACAAAAAACUAAAGAAAUUAACUAAAACUAAAAGAAUCUAAUGCAAUCGAGCACAAACAUAUUUGUAUUCAACAAUCUAAGUUAUAAAAGCAAAAGCUCUCAAGCGCGCUUUUCAAAUAUGACAUCCGCAAACGA